CAAAAAACUGUCAAGAAAAUUAAACUACGAAUCGGAAGAAGUCUAGAUUUGUCAACCAACACACCGCAGAUCCCAGUCCCGGGGAUCGACGAGUCGAUUAAGAAGUGCUUGACGGGAAGGAGAUCUCCGUCAAGCAAGUACACGCACAUAAGACAAGCCCGGCCCGACUGGGCCCUCUGCCUGCCUGAUGUCUUCAUCUGAAAUUCACCAUCUGUGUGCAUACGCAAAUCGCACUCCACCACGAUGUUGUAGCUAAAUUUCAUAUAUAUAUAUAUACUUCUCUUUCAUUCAAUUUCUUCUUCGCCCCUUCACUUUCUGUUACGACAUUACGAAAAUUCUUCUGUCCAUACCUACGCAAUCCCGACUUUCUCAACCCGGGGAGCAAAACUCGACUCCAGCCAACCCCCAAAAAUGCCGCCAACCACUCCGCCCCUCUCCACCAUCCUCCCCCCUCUAAUCUGCGGCACCGCAACCUUCAACAACCAAUACAACACCGACGUUUCCUCACUCCCUACAAACGCAAUCAUCGCACGCGCACUCUCGCUGGGCGUGACAGCCUUCGACACAUCUCCCUACUACGGGCCCUCCGAGACCCUCCUCGGGCUCGCCCUCUCCGCCUCCUCCUACCCGCGCUCAACCUACAAGAUCCUCACAAAAGUCGGACGCAUCGGCGCCUCGGAAUUUGACUACAGCCCGGAGUGGAUCCGGUACUCGAUCCAGCGUUCUCUCCAUCGAUUGAAAACGGCGUAUUUGGAUGUCGUGUAUUGCCAUGAUGUGGAAUUCGUUUCGCCGCAGGAGGUUCUGGUUGCGGUCAGGGAGUUGAGGAGGAUCAGGGAUGAAGAGGGCACGGUUAAGUAUGUGGGGAUUAGUGGGUAUCCGGUUCCGCUGUUGUGUGAAUUGAGUGAACUGGUGUUGAAGGAGACGGGCGAGGGAUUGGAUGCUGUGAUGAGUUAUGCGAAUUUUACAUUGCAGAAUGAGAGGUUGAAGGGGGGUGUGGAGAGUUUGAGAGCGGCGGGCGUGGGGUGUGUGCCUAAUGCUAGUCCGCUUGGUAUGGGAUUGUUGAGGAGUAAAGGCGUCCCGGUUGGUGGGAAGGGUGACUUUCAUCCCGCGCCGAAGGAGUUGAGGGGUAGGGUUAUGGAGGCGGUGAGGUGGAUGGGAAGGAAAGGGGAGAAGUUGGAGGUUGUGAGUAUUAGGUGGGGAUUGGAGACUUGGGCGAGAGAGGGUGCUGCUCUUGGUGGGGUGGGAGGCAUUGGGGUUAGCGUUAUGGGGGUCAGUAAUUUGGAGGAGCUGGAGGAGACGAUGAGGGUUUGGAACAGUGUGCUGGAUGGCCUACCUGUUCCUGGACGAGAAGUGGCGAAGGAGAACAGGGAGUGGAGUCUGGAGAGGAGGAAAGAGGUUGAUAAGUUGGCGAAAGGCGUUUGGGAGAUUCUUGGAGGCUGGAAGGAUUAUGCUUGGCCGAGUUAG